UGACAACAGCCAGCCGCCACCAAACAUCACAACCACAGCCGACCUGCACUCGGACACACGGACCCAGCAGCCAAUCAGACGGCAGCAAAACGACUGCAGCUUCUUUGUUUUUGGUUAAAUUUGACUUUCAGAUUUCAGGAUGUUUGGCCGAACUCUUCUGCUCGUCACUGUUGCUGUUUUCUUCUGUGCAGAUGCGGAGGAUAAAUCCCGGCUCUACAGGAGGCCCUCCUGUGUGGGGACCAGUGUGUCUCAGGCGUGUCCUCUGAACUUCUCUCCAGUAUGCGGCAGCGAUGGUGCCACCUACGCCAAUGAGUGUUCUCUGUGUGUCCACAGGCUGGAGAAAAACGCCGACAUCCUGAUUGUGCGGGACGGACCCUGCUGAAGAUGACACCGCUGUCCUCCCAAACCGAUGACAUCAUCACGUGUAUAUUUAGAUAG